CCCACUCGUUUCUUUUUUUGAUUUGUGCUUCAUUUGUUGUCAUAACGCGAGAGACUUUCGUUGUGAAUGGACGUAUGAUCUGUGCGUCCGAGCUAAAUAUUGACAAUAUUGUUGAACAAUAACAACCGCAAAACCAAAAAAAAAAUAAGAUAUUGCUGACUAGCAUGGGAGCAAGGCGGACAUCCUACUAAUUACGUGUUGCAACUAAAGUAGAAAAGUGUUUUAAAUUUCGGAACUCAAACAGAAAUAGAAUCGAGAUCGUACAAAUUUGUACAAUAAUUAAAUAAAUGUGCGCGUGUUAAAAUUUCAAAACGCUUACACACAGCCAACAACAACAACAAGUGGAAAUACGACUACGAAGAAGAGAACAACAAAAGCAACAACAACUACGGGAAGUGCUCGCGGUCGCUCAACAAGUGUUACAAUAAGCAACACUGGGAUUAUCUAAUAAACAAAUAAUAUUAUACAUAUUUGAGCCUAUCCCCCACCUCCACACAACUGCUUAAAUAAUAAUAAAAAGAUUAUAUACCAAACAGGCAGCAUAAAUAUUAAAUUUAAACAAUUCUCGUGUGCGCCUGCCAAUCAAGUGUUUGUGUGUGCCUGUGUCUGUGUGUGUGCGCGUGCAUGUUUCUGCAUGUGUGUGUGUGAAUCGAGCAACAGCAGCAACAACAAUACGGCAACGUCAACACGAAAUUGCUGUGAGCGCGACGGAGACAGCAACAGCGUGAGUCAUAAAAGUGAAAUGAAAAUGCGGAUAAAGAGAGAAGCGCCGUGUCUUCUGUUAUUUAUGCCAAUCCCAAAUAACAAUAACAACAACAACAAUCGCAUUGGUGCUAAUCACAAGGACUAUCCCAACAACAAGCGCUCCAGGGAGAAUCUGGCAUGUGACGAGCAGCAGCUGACGGCGACGUCAACGGCAGCGUCAGCUAUGAAUGGUGGCAACACUGGCGGUCGAACGCCGCCGCUCAUGCGCAGCUGCUCCAGUCCGGCGGUAUACGAUAUCGAAACACAUCCUGCUUCGCCAGUAUUUCCACAUCUGUUGCUGGGCAACGGACGCGAUGCGAACGAUCCCAGCAGUGUGGGUGCUAAUUGUGUCCUUAAUGUUACCUGCCAAAGUCCCAGCGAGAGUCACCUGCAGGGCCUGAAGUAUAUGCAAAUACCUGCCAGCGAUACGCCACAUCAAAAUAUCAAACAAUAUUUCCAGGAGGCAUUCGAUUUCAUUGAGGAUGCACGCAAAACUGGUUCCCGCGUCUUGUUGCACUGUCACGCUGGCAUCUCUCGCAGCGCCACCAUCGCCAUUGCCUACGUCAUGCGGCACAAGUCGCUGUCGCUGCUGGAGGCCUACAAGCUGGUGAAAGUGGCCCGACCCAUUAUCUCGCCCAAUCUGAACUUUAUGGGCCAACUGCUGGAGCUGGAGCAGAGUCUACGCAAGAGUGGCGUUCUUGCCCCACUGCCAGUGGCAGUGUCACCAGUUAUCAGCCAUUCACACACAUCUAGUCAACUUGUGGAGCAGCCCGAACAGGAGCGGGAGCAGGAGCUAGCAGCAGCCGAGGAUUCCCAGCCACAACAACUGUUGCAACAUGUGCCGCGUGCGGUUCACAGUAAAUCCAAAUCGGACAGCGAGGCCAUGGAUGAGGAUGUCUAUGACUAUGAUGAUGUGGAUAGCGGUGCCAGCAGCUUUGCCGGCAGCAAUUGCUCCUCACGCCUCACCUCACCACCCAUAACGCCAGAUGAGACGCCCUGCACAUCAUCGGCAGCUGCUGCUGCCUCCGCCGACCUGGAUUCGCCAUGCUCCAACAGCAGCAGUGGCGUCUACUCGCUGUCCAGGUCAAGGAUCUUUUGUGCGACCAACAACUAUCCAGUGCCCGCUUCCGAUCCCGCAUCCGCAACCGCUUCAUCCACAACGCCGGCUCUGCUGUCGCCGACGAGACCGUUGGCGCUCUUCAAGCGCAAUUCGCCCGCAAAGCUCAGGCUCAAUCUCGAGCCAAUUAUACCAAAAUCCAUAUCCUGCAUAUCCAUACACAAUGCCACACUGCGCAGUCCGCUGCAGCGUGAUGCGCCUGCCACGCCCACCUGCGAGGCGGCGCCAGCAGCAGCAGCAUCCGUGCUCCUGUCGGAAGCCACAGAUAACAAUAAUCUGGCGGUGGCCACGUCCAGUGAUUGAUUCGCUAGACGGAGGCGGAGGCGGAGACGUCCUCCCCGCCGCUUUGCUGUGAAUAAAAUAUAAUAAAAUGUAUGUGUACAUUUAAGUGAUGCAAAUUUGUAUUUUUAUAUACAGACAGACACAUUGAUUGAAAUGGAUUGACGAGAGUCACCAAGAAUUGAGAAAUGAGCGUGUAUAUUUUGUACCUAAAUAUGUUUUCACAACAACAACAACAACAAUUAGAACAAGUUGAAGAAAGCGAAAUGUGCUUAGCAUCUAGUUUUGGGGCAAAAACAAAGAGCAUAAAUGGAAUAUUUAGUCUAAUUUGUAAUAUUUAAUCUUUUGUAAUGUAUUUUAGACCCCAACAAAAGAAACACACACCAAGAAAAACAAAAAACCACAAAAAAAAUACAAAUGAUAAGAAACGACACAAAAAAAGAGAAAUCUAUUAUCCAAAAGUAUCCACAUAUAAUCUUGUGCUGCUAAAAAUUAUAAAUUGUUUAAAAACCUCGUAUUGUUUAAUUUAGUAUAAUUUGUCAUAAAACGCUCCGCAUAGAUACUAAGAUACAAAUCUUAACUAUAAUAUAUAUAUAGUAUACAAAAUAAUCAAAUAAUCAAAUUUAAAUGCAAAUAUUUCUGCUACCUUGCCACAGAACGAACCCCCGUCAAAUCCAAAUCGAUAUCCAAAUUAUAAAGAGAUGCGUAAUAUCACUAUUAUUAUAUAUGUUUAUGUAUAAUAACAAAACUGUUCUAAGUUUUAUGCAACUACCUGUACCCAGCCAUCUAUACGCACACUCAGUCACACUUUGCAACCUAUUAUUCUAUAUGUAUGUAUGUCUGUAUUUAAAUUUUUUGAAGUGAACAAUCAACAUUGUUUGAUUUUGUGUUUGUGUUUUUCUAGUUUUAGUUAUUUAUAAACAGAUGAGAGAGAGAGAGAGAGAGAGAUCGAGUUGAAUGCAAUCUGAUUCAUUUGGUUUAGCCAUUAAGUCUUUUAAGUUAAGGCCUACACCCAAGAAGUGUAACACGUGCGUUAAGUAAAGAGAAAACAUAAAAAGUAACCAAA